AUGCUGGUGCUGUGCCUGCUGUCCCUGGCCUGGCUCAGCGAGGGCUCCCAGCGCAGUGAGCCCAUGUUCGCAGCCGUCACUCACCGCCUCCUCCCACCCGACUACGACAGCAACCCCACGCAGCUCAACUACGGUGUGGCCAUCACCGACCUGGAUGCCGAUGGUGACUUUGAGAUUGUGGUGGCGGGGUACAAUGGCCCCAACCUAGUGCUCAAGUAUGACAAGGCACAGGGGCGGCUGGUGAACGUGGCGGAGGAUGAGCGGGGCUCCCUAUACUACGCGCUGCGGGACCGGCAGGGCAAUGCCAUUGGUGUGACUGCCUGCGACAUCGACGGGGACGGCCGCGAGGAGAUCUACUUCCUCAACACCAACAAUGCCUUCUCUGGCAUAGCCACCUACACAGACAAACUCUUCAAGCUCCGCAAUGGGCGCUGGGAGGACCUCCUGAGCGAUGAGGUGAACCGGGACGUGGCCAGCCGCUUCGCUGGGCGCUCCGUUGCCUGCGUGGACCGGACGGGCUCUGGCAGGUACUCCAUCUACAUCGCCAACUACGCCAGCGGCAACGUGGGCCCCCACGCCUUGAUUGAGAUGGACGUGGCUGCCAGUGAACCUGACCAUGGGCUCGGUGCCAGCUGUCCCCUCACCUCUGGGCUGCUGUCCCCAGGGGGUCGUGGGGUGGCCGUGGGCCCCAUCCUGAGCGACAGCGCCUCCGACAUAUUCUGUGGUAAUGAGAACAGCCCCAAUUUCCUCUUCCACAACUUGGGGGACGGAACGUACCGGGACGUAGCAGCUGCUGUGGGGCUGGAUGACCCCUACCAGCAUGGACGUGGCGUGGCACUGGCUGACUUCAACCGCGACGGCCGGGUGGACAUUGUCUACGGCAACUGGAACGGGCCGCACCGCCUCUACCUGCAGAGCGGGGCCCCCGGGCGCAUCCGAUUCCGGGACAUCGCCACCCCCAAGUUCUCCAUGCCGUCACCUGUCCGCACCGUCAUUGCAGCAGACUUUGACAAUGACCAGGAGCUGGAGGUUUUCUUCAACAACAUCGCUUACCGUGGCUCCUCUGCCAACCGGCGGGUAGGACCCCAGGAGCACGCAGACCCCAUCGUAGAAGAGCUGAAUCCAGGGGAUGCGCUGGAGCCUGAGGGACGGGGCACAGGGGGUGCGGUGACAGACUUUGAUGGUGAUGGAAUGCUGGACCUCAUCCUGUCCCACGGCGAGUCCAUGGCACAGCCGAUCUCCAUCUUCAAGGGCAUUCAGGGCACCAGCAACAACUGGCUGCGCGUCAUUCCCCGCACCCGCUUUGGAGCCUUUGCGCGGGGGGCCAAAGUGGUGUUGUUCACACGGCGCAGCGGGGCCCACCUGCGCAUCAUCGAUGGCGGAUCGGGGUACCUCUGCGAGAUGGAGCCCGUGGCACAUUUUGGACUGGCUCAAGUGGCCUUUUUUGGGGGAUACCCCUCCACCGGGAUCUGGCCUGAGCCCCUCCACAGUGCCCUCCUCCCUCUAGUCCUCGGACUCUGCCUUUGCCUCUAUGCACUUUAA